AUGGCCGCUUCCGCCGUCUCUGCCUUGAGAUACGUUACCGUCACCAACGACGGUGCCACCUACGUCGAGACCAUCACCGACCCUGAGGACCUCUCCACCCCAGCCGGUGCUUUCAUCACCUACAAGGUCAUCACCGGUACCAAGGGUACCAACACCUACACCAAGACCAUCUGGUCCACUGGUUACUACUCCUCUGCUGAGACCGAGGCCGAGGCCACCUCUGAGGCUGAGGCUGUCGAGUCUACUGAGGCUGCCGAGACCUCUGCUGCUGUUGAGACCUCCGAGGCUGCUGAGGAGACCACCGCUGCUGCUGAGUCUACUGCUGCUGCUGAGUCUGCCGUUGUCUCCUCUUACGAGGGUGCUGCCGGUAACUUGGGUGUUGCUGCCGGUGUCGCUGGCUUCGCCGGUGUUGCUGCUUUGUUGAUCUAA